CAAUAGCUGCUGCCUACCAGAAGCAUUGGCCAAUCCGCUGAAGCGGUAAAAGUCUGAUCGCAAUGCCUUCACAACCACGUGGUCGGGGGUCUGUCAGCUGAGGUGCGCGCCUAGUGCCUGUGUCUAUUGAGACGGCUCCGCCCAUAAACCCGUUCUCGACCAUAGCUCGCCCUGCACUAAUCCUCCGAGAGAUCGGGGUUAGCAGCGUCAUUUUAGACCUUUGUGAUUAGGGCAUGUUACGUCUGUGGAGGUUACACUUGGGUGUUGUGUUGAUUAUUAAACUACGUUGUAUGAAUUAGCCGAGGAUAUUUGGCAAUCGUUCUUGAUUUUGCCCCCACAGGAAUGACAUUGUGCCUGUCAGGUGCCAUAAGGAGCUGUACUGAUGUGAUCAACAUGUGCUUCACCACCAGUGAACUGUUUCCCCCACCUGCUUAUGAAGUAUGAAUUUCAGGUGAAGAGUGCAGAGCUUGCCGAGCCCGACACAUGGUCCAACCCUGCUCUGUCCCAGGAGGAGAAAGACUCGAAGAGCAAGGGAGCAAGAGAGAGACUCCCUGAGAGGGAGAAGCAAGGAGCAUCUUCUCUCUCAUUUCUACCAAGCAGGUGUGACGCCCCCCCUCUCACACCCAGCAUUUCACUCUCCCUUCUCUUCCAGCCAGGGAUCCCCAGCAGAUCCCUCCUCUGUGGAUGCAGACCUUUCCUCUUAAACAGGCAGAAUGGAUGAACUUCACUGAUCCCCAACUGGCCACCAGCACCAUGACUAUGAAAAUUUUUGUACCUCUCUACGAAACUGCAGUAUCUCCCCACGUGUGUCUUCAGGUUGUAGUAGGGGGGCACGCAUGAGUCUCUUGGGGAAAAAAGGGGUUCAAUAUUCUCAUCUGGCCAGAGCAAAUGAUACCUAUUAAGAAGAGUAAUCUGGAAUAAUCCCGGCAUCAAGCAUUCCUGAGAAGAAGAGAAGAGAAUCAUGCUUUUACUUCUCAUUAAAUGGUCAUCUAUAAUUUAAGAAGGGGAGAUUCCAUUUUUUGGCUUCUAUGUGAAAUUUAUCGUACAAAUUUAUAUCUUGGAAGAAUGACUUGUCAUUUAAUCAUAUUUAGAUUCUCUGUGUUUAGUUUUCCACAUAUAACAACUGUUGCUGCAAAAGACUGAGAUUAAAUCUUUUUGGACAUAUUUCAAGCACACCUCCUUUAAAUGCAUAGAAAUCUCAAAGUAGAUCUUAUCUUGAAUUCAAAAAUCUGCAGUGAAAGAUCAUUUCUGAAUGUUGCUGUAGCAGAAGAUUACAUUUAAGGACAAACUAUCAGGAUUUUAUUGCAAAUUACAAUUGCUGAAAGAAUUGCUUUUUAUUUUUGUUCAUUUCAUUUAUUGAAAUGCAGAUUUGAUGGGUUCCUACCUGCAUGCAGAGUCUGGCUGUUCAAUGCAAAUUAGUUAGCAAUAAUUAUUGCAAUUAGGAAAGCGUUUGGCAGACAGUUAAGAUUAUUCUUUUAAGUUUCUACUCCUAUUUGAUUGUCUGUUUCAAACAACUUACAUCUCACACAAAUUUUUUAUUAUUGAGUGUAGAUAUUUUACAUUCUAAGUAGGCUUUCCAAAUAAGAUGCACUCUUGGUCAAUUUGAUAAACUCAGCUUUUACCUUAUCUUCAUGCGCUCCUAAUGGAAAAAAAAUCCUUUUCACCUACACUCCUAAUUCAUUUUUCUACUCAUUUUAUUUUUUUCAUGUAAAAUUUAGCUUUUUGAACUUCUUGGUGAUUUAUCAUAGAACUAGCUUUGCAAAUGCGGAAUUAAAUUGGUUGCCAUAUUUCAUUGUAUGAGACGACAGAGGAUUCAUUUUGGUAGUACAAGUAAUGGAGAAGCUGGAAGCUGAAUCAGAUGUGGAGCCACAAGUUCGCCCUCGUUCUUGCACAUGGCCCCCUCUACCGGAUCCUCCUUCAGAUAUGCCGUUGCCACCUCCUGGCCUGGACCCAGGGCAGAUACGGAAAGCCAAGAGUUCACGUAGAAAUGCCUGGGGUAACAUGUCUUACGCUGAUCUCAUCACCAAGGCCAUUGAAAGCUCUCCUGAGAGGCGACUGACCUUAUCCCAAAUUUAUGAUUGGAUGGUUCGAUUUGUCCCCUACUUUAAAGAUAAAGGAGACAGCAACAGCUCUGCAGGGUGGAAGAACUCCAUUCGACAUAACCUUUCUCUCCACACACGCUUUAUUCGGGUGCAAAAUGAGGGAACAGGAAAGAGUUCCUGGUGGAUGCUUAAUCCAGAAGGUGGUAAGACUGGUAAAACACCCAGGCGGAGGGCAGCUUCCAUGGACAAUGCCAAUGGAAAAUUCAUUAGAAUGAAAGGCAAGGCUGGGAAGAAGAAGCAGCAGGUGCAGUCAGCCCCUGAACGGACAGUGGAGGGCAGUCCCUCGUCUCAGCAUGCCAAGUGGUCUGAGAGUCCAUCUUCCCAUACCAGUGAUGAUUUUGAAGUCUGGGCUGAAUUCCACAGCAGGAGCAAUCCUGCGACAGGUAACAUGAGUGGGGGACUUUCACCCAUAAUAGCUAAUGAUGAGCCUGAUGACUUGGAAGAUGAUGAUGUGACCCCCUCUUCACCUCUUAUGUACCCAAGCCCCUCCAGUGCCCUAUCACCCAGCAAUCGCUGCUCAGUGGAAAUGCCAAGGUUGGCAGAGCUGACUGGCACAAUUGGACUAGGUGAUGGUUUAGCUGACCAUCUUUUGGAUGAGCUUCAGGAUAGCUACCCUGUAGGCUCUGGUGCUGCUCUUCGUCAUAGGAGUACUGGAUUCUCUUUUUCCACAAAGUGCCCAACACUGAGCCCCCCUUCUGGGGCUUAUUGUGGCUCCAUCUACAGUCAGCCAGCCAUGGCUAUGAUGAGAAGGUUGCCAAUGCAGACAAUCCAGGAAAACAAGCAAGCUGCUUAUCCUCCAGGAAACACCUACAGGAAUUCCUCAGUCCAGGAUUUUCUCUCCGCUAUGUCCUAUGUUCACAAAGAGAGUUUAGGGCAAAGUGAUCCUGGGUUGACAAAUGUGCUUGGCACACAGCGCAGUCACAGACAGAACAUUGGUAUGUUAGGAAAUUGUGACUCUGGACUAAUGCCAUAUUCUACUGGCCUACUGAAGAGUCAAAUCUUAUAUCACCAAUCAACACUAAACCACCACUGCUCUGUUAACAACAGUGCCUUAAUCAGUGGAAGUGGAAUGGUGAACAACUCUGAAUCCUGUAGCUUGGUUUCUGCCCAGCAUCACACCUAUUUCAGCAGCCAGUCUGGAAAUGGAAGUCUGAUGGAAGGGCCCUACCAAGCAACUUACCAUCAUCAUCAUCAUCAUCACCACCAUCCCCAGUUAUACAACCAAGACAGAUUCCCUACAGACCUAGAUUUAGACAUGUUUAAUGGGACUUUGGAGUGUGAUGUAGAAUCCAUCAUUCUUAAUGACUUCAUGGACAAUGAUGAGAUGGAUUUUAAUUUUGACUCAUCACUGCCACCUCAAGGUGGGUAUAACAUGGCGGUUAAUUCGCAGCCAGCCAAUCAGAGUUGGGUACAAGGAUAAACUUGAACCAGUAUAUAUGUGUAGGGCGUUUUUGCACUGGUAAUUGGUUUUGAGAUAUCUCCCUAAACUCCGUAAGAUACCUGGACAAUGAUAAGCCUGCAUACUAAGCUGUUAGGUUACUGUAUAUAUCUACUUUUUUCAAACACCUGUCCUUAUUCUAAAAGUGUUUUAUAAGAACAAAUGCUAGACCUAUCUCUUUUGGGAUAAAGAGGUUUGGUGCUGCCUGCUUUUGACAAUUAAUUUGAUCAGGCAGUGCCCAGUUCUCAUUCAAUCAUGUAAAUGCAUUUGCCACAAAGGAUCAAAUGUUCAUUAACUGGUAUGGUGUCUCACAAAAGGGAAGCUCUAAUCAAAAAGUCUUCAUUGUAAAAAGAGGUUACUGUCUUACUCCAUAAGUAGAUAAUCAUUUGAUAUUGUAAAACAGGCCACACUUUAAAUAUUGUCUUUUUUUUAUAGAGUAUAAAUAUGGUAGGUCUUCCUUUAGGUUGAAAUUUAAAUUCUAAAUUCUAAAAAAAACGUUGGAAGCUUUUUGAAGUGACUUUUCAGCCAUUCUUGUUUAGAUUUUGUGUUUUCUGAGACUCCUUAAUUUUAACCACCCUUUUUUUGAAUACAUUAUGUAGAAUCUUACGCCUACACAUUAUCAUUCUCUUUUUUUUACAAGACCCAAUCAUUUUUCAGUUUUAUAUUAAUCAAUUACUUAACUAAAGAAACAAUAAUACCCUGUUAUCCCAGAAGACUUAGUGCUUAGUAAGUCCUAAAAUGUACAGACCUAUCCACAGUCUGUAAACUAUGAGUCCAUGUAAGCUAAUUCUCUCUGGUAAGAAAGCCUCUAUAUUUUCUUACCAUGUAUUCUGCAAUUUUUAUGUAUUUGCAAAACAACUUAUUGAAUGGAGCAGACAAAGAGAAUAGAUGCAUUUUCCCAUAUGUAAUAUUUAGAGUUAUUUUAGAUGUGGCCUCACUCACUAUGAAACAAUGUACUAGUCAACGUUGCAGGGCAUUUACCAAAAUCAUCAGUUGAUGACUAUAAGCUAAUUUUAAUCUAGAAUAUUGGUAAGUAAAAGUAAGAUUUAUAUGGCUUAAUACAAAUCUUUCAUUUAGCAAAAUAAUAUUUUUAACAAAAAAAUAAAUUGAAUAUCAUAAAACGUAAGCACAACAUUUCCAGUAAGCACCUACCUUUUUUAAAGUUCCACCUAGUACUAUAUACCUGAACUGAGUAUAUACAAACAACUUUCUAUAAUAUGAUUCGAAAAUUAACAUGCAGCUUGUUCAAACAAAAUUGGUGAACAUAAACCUACGAUUUUAAAACAUCAAUUAACUUUGGUGGGGGGGCACAUUGUUUAUGGCAUUAUUGUUUAAUGCAAACCCUGUUAAAUGUAACACUGUUCUUAGGUCACUUUUCUCUCCAUUGGGAUAAAUCUUUUAAAAGUUGCAGUCAUAAGUGCAGCUGACAAUCUAAUGUAGUAAACAGUGAUUCAGUAUCCCAUGGCCCCUUUGUGUCUGCACCAAGCUGCAGUUGGAUAACAUAGGCAGACUGCGCUAAUCACUACACCUACAUCAUUCUGUGGGUUACCCUUUCCCUGCAAAUUUCAAAUGUUGCUGUUUACAUGUGUGUGUGAUUUUAUUUCAUAUGCAGAAUUUAAUAUAUACAGAACUGUGUACAUACAGAAGAUAUAUUGUGAAUUUAUUUUAUUUGUAUAUUUUCUUUUAUGUUCUACGCACUCAUGACAUUUUAUCCUCAUGUUUUAAAGGACUGUUCGUUUUUAUUAAUGACCUCCAUAGAAAAUGAUGAAGGCUGUGCUGUUAUGGCAGUGUAGGGGAAGGGAGAACAAUUACAUAUACCCUCCAGCAUUGUGCAGUCAACAAAUAUGACUAAUCCAUGAAAUAAAUAGACUUGAAAUGUUAUUUUUUUACACAAUUUAAUAAUUUCUUGUUGUGGAUGUAAUAUGGAGGAAUUGCAGUUUUGGGGAUGAUGGUUAUUGAGUUGGAAACUACAAGGCUAACUCCUAUUGUGCCUUAUUGCACCUGGAAAGGCCAUGUAGUAUGUAACAAGUUUCAAAAAUGCCUUCUGUAACUGAACAUGCGCUCUGUAUCUAUACAUUGACAACAAACUCUUGACUCUGUAUAAUGAAGCUGAGCAUCAAAACACUGCUAAUAAAAUAACUAUAAUGUGUGAUGAUGCUCAGGGUCGCUACACAGAACGUUCUUGUACCUGUUAUCCUCCUCACUGCGGUGUAAAGCGAUUGUAAUGUUUUUGAAAGUGUUGUCAUAGUGCGUGGAUUUUCAGAUGUAACAUAAAGCUGUGUAUACUGACUGUACAGAAUAUUUUCAGGAAUUAAACUGUUUUAAAUAUUA